AUGUCAGUUCUUGUAAACGGUAGCGCUUCUAAGGAAUUUAUUAUGGAGAAAGGCCUUCGGCAAGGAGAUCCUUUGUCACCUUUUUUGUUAGUUUUAGUCAUGGAGGUUCUCAUGGUCUUAUUGAAGAAAUCAAAAGAGAUAGGUGAGUUCCGUGGUUUUAAGAUCAAAGGUGAAAAUGAGGUGGAUUUGUUACAAUUUGAGGAUGACACAAUAAUUAUAGCCGAAGGAGAUAUCGCAAACUUGUGGAGUAUGAAAUCUAUCCUUAGAGGUUUUGAGUUGAUGUCGAGUUCUAGGAUUAAUUUUCAUAAGAUUAAUAUUUAUGGGAUUAAUGUGGGUGAUUGGUAUUUGGAAGCCACAUCUUCCUUUCUAUCUUGUAAAGUAGGGUCCUUUCCGUUCAAAUUCCUUGCAGUGAGGGUGGGUGACAAUCCUAGGAAGCUAUCAAUGUGGAAGGAACUCAUUAUGAUGUUAAGAAAAAGAUGGUGUGUUUGGAGAGCUUCGCAUCUUAGUAUGGCGGGUAGAGUGGUGUUGAUUAACUCGAUUCUUAAUGCAAUUUCGAUCUAUUCGCUUUCCUUUUACAAGGCCCCUAAGAAGGUUUUGAAUGAGGUUAGAUCAAUCCAAAGCAAGUUUAUUUGGACUGGAGGUGAUCUAAAAAAAUUGAUUAAUUGGGUGUGUUGGUAUACGGUGUGUAAAACUCGAGAAGAAGGAGGUUUAGGAGUUAAAAAUGUGGAAAUAAUGAAUGUGGCUUUGCUUAGUAAAUGGAAGUGA